AUGGACCGCAAUGACCCACUGCAAGUGCAUCGCGACGCCUUUAAUAUUCCAAAGCGGCGCGACGGUUCCGAUCACGUUUACCUCUGUGGGCAAACACUUGGUUUGCAGCACAAGGACGUGGAGUCGAGUGUUGCUGGUGCCCUGAAGCGGUGGCGUGAGCUCGGCGUGCUCGCUGAAUUCCAACACCCUAACCCGUGGGCUGAGGUCGAUCGCCUUGGCCGGAAGGAGAUCGCGGAAAUUGUCGGGGCGCAGGAGAGUGAGGUAAUCACAAUGAAUUCCUACACGGUGAACUUGCAUUUGUUGCUAAUAGCCUUCUACAAGCCGAAAGGAAAUCGGCGGCUAGUGAUGAUGGGGAACUAUGCCCUUCCCAACAAUGUUUAUGCGGUGAUGUCGCAAUUGGAGGCCCGGGGCCUUAACCCAGCGGAGGACCUCAUCACUGUGUGUGCUCCUAAAGAUGAGGAUGGGAAAGAUUCCCCAGCACACAUACCAAUGACCGAAUACCUCUCCAUCAUCGACAAGCGGGGGAGUGAGAUUGCGGUGAUACUACUCAGCGCCCUCCACUUUAUUACGGGGCAACUGGUUGACGUGCAGGCCAUAACGAAGGCCGCGCACGCCAAAGGCAUCAUCGUGGGUGUGGAUUGUGCGCACGCCGUGGGUAACGUGCCUCUCAAAUUGCACGAGUGGGAGGUGGAUUUUGCAAGUUGGUGCACUUAUAGAUACCUAAACAGCGGGCCAGGAAACCUUGCUGGUGCCUUUGUGCACACGAAGCAUACGCAGGUUGGGAGUGAGCUCAAGACGCUCCGUGGCUGUAGGGGUCACGAACCGCGGGAUCUCAUUGAUCCGUCCUAUAAAUUUGAGCCUGCGGAAGGCGCUGCAGGGUUUCAGCUCAGUAAUGUGUCAGUGCUUGGCAUGAUGGCCCUGUUACCAAGUGUGCGCCUCAUAGCAAAGGUUGGCAUGGACUCACUACGCGAGAAAUCACUUUUGCUGACAUCCUAUUUGGAGUUAUUGCUCGGUGAGUUGGUUCCGCCUGGCUCCAUCCGCCUUUUGACCUCCGUCGACCCAAGCCAGCGCGGAGCACAGUUGACUAUUCGUAUACUACCCAAUAAAUUGUCAGCGAGCCUUACGCCACGGGCCUCAUAUGGGGGUGAGAGUGAAAGUGACGCGGAGUGCAUGGAGCGGUAUCUGCGUGAUGUCGGUAUUAUUGUUAGUACGUGCUCGACGGACCUUGUCUUCCUCGCUCCAGUGCCGUUGUACAACACUUUCAAGGAUGUGCUGCUUGCCGCGCGUGCCAUAGCCGAGUGUUUUUAA